AGACUUAGCAGACGACGUUAGUUUGCUUCGUCUGUUGUUUCGACAAGUUCGAAGUUUCGAACUGUUUGGCUUUGGCAAGCAAAGUUUUUGUAAAUUUUGUUUUCUCAUUGUGAAUUCAACUAUCUAUCGGCCUAAUAAUGCCUGACAGAGAUGGGCAGGACGCUGGACCUGGGGAAGCAUCCUCCAGGUUGACAAACGAUGACUUCCGAAAGUUGAUGAUGACACCUCGUGCUGGAUUUGGAUCAGGUUCAGGUUCUUCAAGUAAUUUGGGGAUGGGGUCUGUUCGAGGAGAGAGUAGUGUUCGUAAAACAACACAUGGGAAAAGUGACCAGAAAAGAGCUAAAAAAAGUGAAUACUUGAAAGAGAAAAAAGAAGAAGAAGAAAUUCUAGCUGAACUUGCAAAAAAAUAUCGCGAUCGUGCUAAAGAAAGACGAGAUGGAGGCGAAGCUUCUGGCCCUGAUGCGUUAGCGACACUUGGAGCUUAUCGUGCUGUAGCACCAGAUAUAAAAUCAACAAUGGAUGCUGCUGAACGAAGGAAACAAAUGAUCCAAGAAUCAAAGUUUUUGGGUGGUGACAUGGAACACACUCACUUGGUGAAAGGUCUCGAUUAUGCUCUUCUCCAGAAAGUACGCAGUGAAAUGGAGCAGUUUGAAGAAGAGGAUGACGAACAACUCGAACAGGCUGUUGAAGGCGAAAAAAAAGAGGGAGAAAAGGAAGUCGAGAAAAAGAAGGAAGGUGACGAUGAGAUCCAGUUUAAAACAAUUAUAGGAAAAAACAUUUUUAGGGCCGUAUUCAGAUCAAAACCACCUGAGCGAAACGAACAUUUCCUUCCUGGUCGAAUGGCGUAUCUUAUCGAGUUAGAAGAUGAGAAUGCCGAGUCAGACAUACCAACGACCGUGUUGAGAAGCAAAGCUGAUUGCCCCGGACUGGAAUCCUUAGCCACUCUGUCUACAAAUGACAUUGUCAUUAAUAAGCUGACGCAAAUUUUAUCGUACCUCCGGCAAGGAAAAAUCGGCAAAAAGCUCAAAAAGCCCAAAGAAAACAAAGACAUGCCACCCCCGCAAAUCAUCCCCGGCCUGAAAGUCAACAAAUCCACAAUAGUAGAAGACACCAUCUACAGCAAUAUCGGGACUUAUGUGGCCCCGACAAAGGAGAAAACUGCCUCUAGUAGUUCACGUGACAGGGAAAGGCGAAGUGACAAGCGUGACUACUUUGACGACAAAUCCCGCAAGGAUAAAGACGGAGAUGCUGAUCGAGACAAGUCCAAGGAUGCUUUGAAAAGCGCCGCAGUUUUGGAAGCUGAACGGACUCUGGGUGCCCUGCUAAAACCAGGAGCAGCUGAUAAACGAGAUGGUGGGUCUUCCAAGAAGGCAGAUAAAAUGCUUUCUAAACUAUCCGCUGAACCUGAAGGAUAUGCCGAAUGCUAUCCUGGUUUCGAGGAAAUGAACGACGCUCUUGAAGACUCGGACGAUGAAGCCGAUUACUCAAAAAUGGACCUGGGCAACAAAAAAGGACCAGUCGGUCGAUGGGACUUUGAUACAGCGGAAGAGUAUGGUGAUUACAUGAACAAAAAGGAAGCCCUUCCUAAAGCUGCCUAUCAGUAUGGUAUCAAGAUGGCCGACGGACGCAAGACGCGCAACAAGACUGUUGUCAAAACAGAUAAGACGGAGAAAGCGGAACUGGACCGAGAAUGGCAGAAGAUCCAAUCUAUCCUACACAAGCGUAAAGGAGGUCCAUCGGGAGAAUCACAAAAACCGGAGAAGUCUGUUCGUCGUAAUUGAUAUUUUUCAUCAUUGGUUUUCCUUCAUUAACCAUAUUCUACUGUAUUGACCGCGAAAAUGUUUUCUAAUGUUCCCAAUUAACUGCAUUCAUUUAGGUACCCAUCGUGAAUGAAAAGAUUUGUUUUUCGUACCCUCACUAGCUUCAUAUAUAUUUCAUCACAAGUGCAGUGAAACAAUUCCAGAGCAUCA